AAUGUUGUGAACCUUCUAAUUGUCCUCGUAUCAUUUUUCGAAAGUUGAACCUUCUUCCGGCAUGGAUCCUUUCGGCAAAGCAUUGGGAGGCGACUCCAUGGCAUAUGUCUAGUUUUCGAAAUUUAGGCCUAUCAUCAGAUUUCGUAGCUACCCGAAGUUGUUAGUUCCCACCAUAAUACCUCAUGGCUACAGCCUUGCACAAAAUGAGUACAUGAUUAGCAAAUAAUAGAGUGAGAGUACUUUUAAACAUUUAACUAAGGGAAUGAGUUACAUUUCUAUCUUAAAAUAUUUCGGAGGUCUAUUUUGUAUUAGAGUCCAUGUAGAACAUUAGUCUAGCUACUAACACUUUUUUCAUUAUCAAGGAGAUUUCACAUAUUUGACAGAAAAAUUAUAAUUGUCAGGGCCUAUCUAGUAAUCCCACCCACUCCUAAUCUCCCUUGGUAUCAUCCAUUUUACCUUGGAGAAUAGAAUUUUGAAUUAACUACUAUUAAGACACCCUUUUUUGAGUUAUCAGGUCAGGCCCGUUUCCUCUUGUAUUUUCAUAUUCCUAAGAUGUCGAGACUAUAGCUAAAUAUAACUUUGCAUUUGUGCUUUAUCAUUUCUGACACUCUUUUUCUGCAAUAAUGCUCAAUAACCAUCAAUUUUUCUCUAGUGCACAAAAUUGCAAACAAAAUAAGACCAAGAAAUAGUGCAUGCAUUGCACGUGAUUUGCCAUGUCCUUUAAUUAGGAAAAGAAUAUCUGUUUGCUUGCUGACUAGAAAUUGGUCCGAUUCAUUGAGGUAGCCCCAAACUAAUAAAAAUACUAUUGGGCCUGGACUUAUUUUAUAUAGACAAAAUAUAUUAGAGUAAAAGGAGGCCCACCAGCCCAAUCAACACCGUGUAUAUAAACUUACUUUGGUACGAGAUUCAGGCAUUCAGCUGCAGCUUAAAGUCCUUACUUUUGGUGAGCAUUCAUUCCUCGCUUCCAACCGUCGGCGUGAAGCAAUUCCGCCGACUACGGCCGGAAAUUGGUAAGAUCAAAAUUAAUAUUUAUCAAUCAAUCUCGAAGGGCGAUGACUUUUCCGGAAAUCUUCCAUGACAGCAGCUAGAAGCAGACUUGCAAAGCAAGGCACCAGCCCUUGAGUUGCUAUGAAAUUUCUCACGGAAGCUUCCUUUCAUUACUACAUGAUGAAGCUUGCCAGAACAUCUAAGCAUUUCUCAUUUGUAGACCGCAACCCAUGUGAAACUAAGGUUUCGAAUCCACCUAGCAGCCGUCAUCUGAAUUCCCCAACUAUGUAUAGUACGAUCGUCAAAAUGCAGUUUACUUUAUUCCAUAACUAAAUUAGAAUAGAAACAGCAGUUUAUGCAUAUGGUUGAAACUUCAUUCCGUGGGGAUCAUGUUGUUUCCCAUUUUCUAAUUGAUUCAUUCUGCAGCAGCGAUAUUAGGUGCAGUAUCUCUUGCAAGUGCUUGUGGAUGGUAUUGCUGGGAAUGAUGGAUUAAUCACCUGGCAACUCCUUUCUGUUGAAAUUACAGAACGACCAAGUCUUGGCCUAAGUUAAUUGUUUCUUGACAAGGUUUGCUUGUGGAUAAGUUUUCACGCACUCACACGCAGAGAGCAGCUGCUUGACCUUUUCCCCACCUUCCAGCGAAUCAGAUUCCACCCUUUUUUAACUCUUUCUUCUUCCCUCUUUAUUCUUUUCACCCAAAUCUCUCUUUCUAUUUAUAAAUACACUUUUAUGCGUACGAUUUGAUUGUUCCCACCGAUCGUUCCCGCUUCCGUUUAUUAUCGUCGGAAUCUUCAGGUGUAGAUUUGGUGAUAGUUUCUCAAGUUAACGGAAGUUUAUGCCUUUCCCUAGAUAUUCAAGUGAAGAAAGACUUUGAUACUGUACUUGUAGCAUUGAUCAGUUUCUAUUAGAAUCAAAAAACGCGGAUGUGUUGUUGAAUGAACGGAUUCUGGGCUUGUUGUUUCGGAUUUUCUGACUUCUUAUUGAAUAGACCCAACUUUCAUGAAGAUAUUAGUUGGGGUUGUUGAAGAUUCGACAUUUCCUUUCUGGGUUUGAUCAGCUGCGACAGUUCAGGGAGAAUGCUUUGAGCAUAAAUCAGAUGGUAGGUUCGAAAUACCAGAAUAAUUGUUAUGUCGAUUUGGAUUGCUUACUUCUGCACUUAGUUCCAGAAUUUGAUUAAACUGGGUGAGCUGUUGCAUUCCUGUGGUCCGUUCUUUUACCGUUGUUUUAUUGGUUAGAUAUGGAGUCUCUUCCCGUUGAGGUAGUUGGGAACAUACUAUCGCGGCUUGGGGCUGCCCGGGAUGUUGUAAUUGCAUCUGCAACUUGCCGGAAGUGGCAGGAAGCUUGGAGGAAUCAUCUCCACACUCUUACGUUUAAUUCUAAUGAUUGGCCUUUGUAUCAUGAAUUUUCCACUAGUAGACUAGAGAUACUUGUUACUCAAACUAUAUUCCAAACAAAAGGACUGCAGUGCCUUUCCAUAAUUAUGGAUGAUGUAGAUGAAUUCUCUGCUGCUCCGGUGAUUGCUUGGCUCAUGUACACUAGAGAAACUUUACGCCAGCUGCAUUACAAUGUGAGAACAACACCUAAUAUUAAUAUCCUAGAGAAGUGUGGUCGGCAGAAGCUUGAAGUGUUGGCUUUGGCUCACAAUACAAUUACCGGAGUUGAACCCUGUUAUCAGAAAUUUCCUUGUCUUAGAUCUCUUUCUUUGAGUUAUGUCAGUAUAUCAGCCUUGGAUCUGAGUCUUCUUCUUACUGCCUGUCCAAAAAUUGAGAACUUGGCCCUCGUCAGUCUAGAUAUUGUCAUGUCUGAUCCACAGGCAAUGAUGGAUUUGAGUAGUUGUUCCUUAAAGGAUAUUUAUGUUGAAGCUAUCAGUUUGGAUAAGUUUAUUUUGGAGGCAGAUAGCCUAGAAAAGUUGCACUUGAAAGAUUGUACACUUGAAGUUUUUGAGCUUGUAGGUAAGGGGAUGUUGAGAUUCCUAAAGGUUGAUGAUGUUAGUGUCAUCCAUCUUGAUAUUGGAGAGAGUGCUGAAAACCUGGAGAUUGUUGAUGUGAGCAAUUUCACUAUCAUGUGGGCAAAGUUCCAUCAUAUGAUCUCACGAUCAUCAAAGUUGAGAAAGCUUAGGCUAUGGGGUGUUGUAUUUGACGAUGAUGAUGAGUUUGUUGACAUAGAGACAAUUUCUUCAUGCUUUCCUUUAUUGAGCCAUCUAUCCCUGAGUUAUGACCUAAGAGAGGCAGCACUUCAGUAUGGCUUACAAGGUUCUUUUGUUUUGGAAAAUGUGAUUGUUUUGGAACUUGGGUGGACGGUAAUUAAUGACCUAUUCUCAACGUGGGUUUCAGGACUUCUGGAAAGGUGCCCUCUUCUAAAGAAGUUGGUCGUCCAUGGGGUUGUGUCUGAGACCAAAACCCAUGAAGAGUGCAACAUGUUGGCUAACUUUACUUCAUCCAUUGUAAAACUCAUGAGGAAGUACAUGCACGUGGAGGUUCAAUUUGAGUAUGAAUAGAUAUUUUACUGCAAGAAGCUUGUCAUCAGAUAUGAACUACAGAAGCAGGCAGAUAGCUCUCGAUCAAGAUUCUUCAUUUGUUGCUGAUCUGGUCCUUCUCAGAUAAUUUUUGGACUUAGACCAGUUGUGUGUUGCUGAUAUUCUUUCUGUACAAUUUCAGGUUAUGUUACCUGUUGUGACUCUUUUCUUUUUUCAUAAUUCUUAAAGGAAGGAUGCUUUUUUUUCUGUUUCCAUCAUGACAAAAUUCUCAUAUCAUAUGUAUUUCUGCUUC